AGAUACUUUUCUAUUUUUUAUGAAAUAAUGGCUAGAAACCAUGAAGAUUUGUGGGAUGAUGAUUUUGAUGAAGCAGAUAUUGAAGCAUCAAUACUUAAAGCAAGUCAGAUGUGCCCCAACUUGCUGGAUCCUCUCAUCCCUCCAAGUACUGCCAAAACUGUUCUCAAGCACAAUUCUACGUCUCAACUUCCCAUGAGCUCUGUCAAGAGUUUAGCACAAAGCCACAAUCCUUUUGGUCGAAAGCCAGGUCCUUCAAUUACAGCCUCUGGUAAUAAAUUGAGAAUAGAUGGUGCUUCAGUUGUUAGUAUCAAAUCUCAGAACAAAGCUGCUGGCACAAGCCAUGUCAUUGCUCAAAAAGCAAAAGGUGAUGCAAAUUUCAGCACAAACAUUGGCAAUGAAGCAUGUUCAGUAACGGAAACAAAAUUGCAGAAAUCCUUGGAUUCAAGUGCAACAACAUCAAAGAAAGUCAUUGAUGAAAUUGAACAGAUGGAAAUUGAUGCAUUGAUGGAAGAUCCAAAUGUGUGGGAUGACUCUACCUUUCUUGAUGACCCAAAUAUUUUUGAUGUAGAAUCUCCUGAAAUAUCCUCCCCUACUUCCCAAGAUCAAGCCAGUCCAAAAAAUGAGGACAGCUCAAAAAUUGAUGAUGAACUGAACUCAAAUAAAUUUUUAGAUUCAUUUGAUGGGAUUGAUCCAGAUCUCUUAUCAUCUCAGCCAAUUCCAGGGACCCAGCCACGACAGCGCUGGCAGAAUCAAAACAAACUUUCAAAACAUCCUGAUAAAUCAGCUCCUAGCAAAUAUCCUGUUGUGAACACAAAUCAUAAAAUAAAUACAGUAAGUGUUUCUAGUACCAAUGAAUUCAAAUUCAGUUCAUCCAACCUUAACACUGAUUCAAGCAAUGCUCUAAUGCCAUCCAGCAAAUUUGCACGUAGUGCUCAUGGAGACAGAAUUUGUGCUUCAGUAUUUAAUUCUUCCCCUACAAGUCCUAGCAAAGGAAGUCAAGCUAUAAAAUGUGGUCAGAGCAUCAAAAAUUCUUCAAUGAUGCCACCUGCUCCUACCAGUGGCUGCCAAGCUCUCCAAAUGAAACCGCCAGCAACUUCUACAAAAUCAUUGCAUCAAACCCUUGUAUUAAAUGCAAGCCAAAGAACAAACACCAUUAAACAACAACCAGAAAUUGUGUCAAAUGACUCAAUUCGAUCUCAAUCAAAUAAUUUCUUGAAGCCAAUGAACUUUAAGCAAGGCCAAUCAAAUGUCCUGGACCAUCUUGGCUCCCAAGUUAGUGGGAUUCAAACUAUCAAAAAUGGAAACUGUCAUAACUCAACUGAUGCACAUCUUAACCUUGCUUCAAUGGAAGAAUUGGUUGCAAACCUGCAGAAGGAAAUAAUGACAAAAUGUGGAGAGGUGUCAUGGUUGCGCAGUGAACUACAGCGGAAAAGUCUGGCUCUUGAUGCAGAGCGUAUGGCCCGAAUGGGAGCUGAUGAAUCCCACAAAAAAGAUUUAUCUGAUAAGGUUGCUGCUGCUACUCUUGAGGGUCAGGCAAAAUAUCGUGCACUAGAAAAGCGUCUAGAAAAAUUUCAUGGCGAAUUGGCCUUCAAGAGUCGUGAAAUUAUGGAACUUACAACAAAAUGCAAGCGAUUGGAACAAGGCCAGAUGCAGCAGCAGAAGAGACACCAACAGCAGAUGCAGAUGUAUUCUGAGAUGGUUGAUAAUCAUGAACAUCAGCAUUCAGCAGCUGAAGCUUCAGAAUCUCCUGCUAAAUUCUGGGCACCACUUCCUCCCCAAUCUUGUGCUCCUGCUGCAAGCAAAUCCUCUCUUGAUGAACCCCGAAGAUUUCCUCGUUCUAGGUUCGACUUCAGUAAAGAUGCCCCAAAUGCUGCAUCUCGAGUUUUGCAGAGUGUGUCUCCUAGCAAAGCUUCAUCAGGAACAUCUGAAGAGUGUUUGUUGGGAGUACAGAACAAUUCCUCUAUAUCCUCUUUGCCUAAGCCUCAACUCCCUUCAACUUCGUCAGUCUUAUCUAAGAAGCCAGAAAAAAAGAAACUUUUGAUUGAGAAUGAAGUUCAUGUGGCCCCUGUCUAUAGGAGGAUAGGUUUCUACAAGAGCUCUUUGGAGAGCCUCUCCAUGCUCAGCAGUUUAAGUGCAACGAGCUUCAGUCCUACGACAGCUCACGAAACUUCAUGCAGUUCCACUGGAGACUUCAAUACAUUUGACAUCCGUGAUCAACUUGCUAAAACCUUAACAAUAUCUCAUCAGACUACAUCCCAAAACGUGAUCUUCUCCAAGCAACACGAGCUUGUUUACACCAGCAUUGCCCUGAACCAGGUGGAUGAGAAUGCCGAUGCUUUUUGUGAGCGUGACAUGGAAGGGAAUUAUAAAGACACGUUCGACUACACCGAUUUCAUUAACUCUGUUGAGAUAAAGCCUGCUACAGUCAAGAAAGAAAAACUUCUUAAAAAAGGCCCUAGAUGUGCUGCUUUCAAACACGAAGAUGAUAAUAAAAAAGAUAAAGUUGUAGAUUAUGACAGCAUUUCUCAAGAACGAGCCACUUUCAAAGACCUUUACCAAGUCACUAAUUCCCGUCGAAAGGAAAUUGAAUCUGGUGGUCUCUGUAGCGAAGAUUGCCCUUCUGUCUGCCAAUGGACUGACAAAGAUGUCGAAUCUCGGACUGAGGGACAGAAUAUUGCGCACGUGAAAGUAGCUGAAAAGAUGGAGAGACCUUACACAUGGAGCAUCAAAAGGGCUUUGAAGGUCAAACAAUCCCAUAACGAGAAAAGUAUUACUAAAGUGGUCGAAUUUUCUAUCACUGAUAUUCAGGCUAUGCCACAGGAGUGGAUGAGAUUGCUAUCAGCCAUGAGCCAGGAUUCAGCUAUCAGAAAAUUCGAGAAUGCGUUGGAAGAAGACCUACCUGAAACCGGAGAAGGUAAUUCAAGCGUACGCGCUAUGGCAGAAACUGAAAAUGACACAAUUGGACUUAAUAUUAUGGACAAGAAGAGGGUUGGCGCUGGUGAAACUCUGCUCAAGCAGAAACGGGAAAGAAUGAAGAAAAAGUUAGGUAAUUUUUUGUAUGACCUCACUCAUGAAAUACUUGAAAACAACAUCGGUGAUUUAGACUCUGGUAAAACUGAAAACGAGAAUAAAGAUUCAUCAAAAGACCCAUCCAAUUCCAAGUCUAAACAAUCAGAAGUUUGCGCCAUGGAUGUUGAUUAUGCCGAGGAUCCUACUAAGGAAAAUUUUAAUCAUAAAACUCUCUUAUUAUUGUGCCAAUCUCCAGCGAAAUCGAAGAAAGGCGCUAGCGAACAAUAUAAUGCGUCAAGAGAGCUAUUUCAUUGCGUGUUGGAAUGGCUGGCCCAAGAAGCUGCAUAUUACCGCAACGUAGAGAAGAAAAGUGCUAUUAUGCGAGACGAAUUUACAGCACAACAACAUCUUCAAGUAAUGACGUCUGCACUUGUUAUUUUGAGGCAUCUAUUACCUUUACGUUUCAGCUGCGAUCACUUGCCUGCGCCCAUCACAAUAUUAACAUUUUUACUCUACCCCUUGGACGUCACCAUCAAAAUGGCCCUGAAGACGAGCUCACUACUGCUGCAGUGCGUGCAGCAAAGCGCCAGCGAGCGCGACGCGGUGAUGGUGCCAGAGUUGGCGCAGCUGCUGGUGGAGCGUCUGUGCCGAGCCUGCCACUGCGCCGCCACCUACCGCCAACUCACCACCCUCAUGCGCUGCCUCGUCGCUCUCUCUGCGCACCGCGCCUUCGUACAGGCGCUCUGCAAUAUGACGGACGACUGUUUCGUGUGGCGCCUGUGCCUGAGAUUCCUCGACUUUUGCGACGUAGUUCUGCCCAAUGCCCCGCGGAACCCAAAUGCUGAGGGCGAUGACAGAAAAAAUAAUGUCCGUCUUCAGACUGUUCGCGAUGUGGUGGCGCUCACAAAGAAUUUGGAUUCAGCAGCUAGUUAUUAUGCACUCCGAAACUUGGUGGGCGAGUCCCAGGACCUUGCGUCGCCCGAUGUACGAGAUUGCGUUAGGUCUUUCUAUCGUUUCGUUAUCAGCGUUUUGCUGGCUAAGCCAAACUGGCUCUCUUCUGACUGCCUCUGUAACAUCGUUCUUCUUGCAACGCUACUCGUGGUGCUACACUCGCAGGUCAACGCGCUCGUGCAAGGUUUGCCAUCAAUUUACGAAAUGAAGCAGGUGUACUGCUCCUAUCAUCAGCUGGUCGAUUCAAAUGAUUCGGAACACAAGUCGAAUUCAGCAGCUACAACACCAACUCAGACCAACACGCAGAGCAACACAAGCAUGAAAAAGACUACGCCUAAUGCAAAGGAUCGUUCUAUACUGAGCUUAGUUCAUUUUGAAUCGUCUUCAAUAUUCGGUGGGGACUCUAAAACUUUGAAUAAUGUUUCAACCACGAAUAUUUCCAGCAACAAUAAUACUCAAAAAUGCCAGCCCGCUGCUGAUCCAGGUUCUGCGUCGACUCUACAGCGUUCGCUCACAUGUUCUCUUUGUAAUUCCACGACGCAAUGUUCUGGGCAAUGUCACUGCCUUGGUGCCUGCGCAAGCGUCUUCGAUUCAAGUAUUUUCGACGUGCACGCGUCUUGCGGAUGCGACUGCUCUUCUGUGGUGUCGGGGCUUCGCGCUUUGAAACUUUACUUGGCGACAGACCCGCGAUGUGCCCCACAAACUGCAGGCAUCCCAAGCUACACGCUAUUGAUUAAACUUAUCACCUCCGCUCUGCCUUUCUUCGCGCCUUUGAUUCAAAGUGAUGCAGGAAAAUUACUGGCCCGAAUGUCUUAACGGCUUCAUCCUCUAGCCCAAAUGUCUUCACGGCUUCCAUCCACUGCCCGAAUGUCUGGAUAUUCAUAUUGCAGUAGAUAGCCUAUACACAACAUGGACUUAGCUUGGUCAGACAUGGGGUUGAAAACUAAGGGAAAAUGGGGUUGUUUUGGAUAUGCUGAUCUUGGUUUGUACGCCCGAAUAAUGAGUGAGUUUGUCAUUAUUUGUUUGCGGAGGAUUUUUUUGUGCCUAUUUUAUUGUUUUCCCUUUUCAACAGAGAGCAUAACUUCUCAUACCAUCUUUUGGAAACUACAAAUACAUUUUCGGCUUACUAUUUAUGCUUAACAUGUUUAACAUGCUAUUCUUCUGUUCGUACCAAUCGUGUAUUAUCGGAAAAUGUUGAGGAAUUCCGUUUUAUUUGAAUGUUAAGGCUAAUUAUCCUAGCGAAAUUAUCAUUCGUAUGUUCCAUGAAUGAGAACUUUUUCACAUCGAAUUGUUUAAUGACUAUCCGAGUAAACGACAUUUGCCUGUUGCCUUUGUUGUCGUUAUUGUUCUAGUUAAUUUUACGUUUCCUUGUUCCAUUUAAGGUUUGUUUAUUUUCCGAAUGUUCUGCAGUCGUUUGACCAUGUUAUUAUUUUUUUCUCUGACGUAUUUGUAAUCUUGGGCUCAGCUUCCAUAAACUGGAGCGAAAUUUCUACUUUUUGAAUGCAAUCUAUGAUUUUCUGUUGUCUUGCCGUUCGUUUUCUUGUUUUUUUUACGAGUCUUCCUUCCUCUAUGUUGAUGUAUUUUCACUAUUUUCUAAUGGUAUUUUGUAACCAGAGUUAUUUGAUUAAAAAGUAGCAGUUCA